GCAUCCAGGAAAACAAUUUUCAAACCGUCUGUUUUGACAGUGCUCUUCCAUAUUUUCAACGCUUUUUUCAACCCGUUAUGGCAGAUUUUGGUGAAAAUACUGAAAUUACUUGCAUUCAAAUGUUCUUUUUGUGAUACCCGUGGAAUUACGAACAUUUCGCAUGCUUAGUGAUAAUUGUGCUUCAAAAAAUACGACAAAGUUUCACAAUGAACUCCAAUUUUACAACACCCAAAACCAGUGGCGGAAACCGUUUCGGUUUGAAACCAAACACCCCAGGUCGAUCGAAUAUGAUCAGACCUACAAUGAGUACAUCGUUAUUGGGUGGGACUAAAUAUACUACCAGUUCAUCCAGCAGUGAAAGCUUAUACGCAACUCCGUCAUCUUCAGCCAUGAAGAAAUCGAAAAACCCAUCGGCCUUGUUCUCCAAUACCAAAUCGAAAUCAACGCUCGCCCUGACCCCGGUGUCACAGUUCCGCCCCCGUUCCGAUUCGGUAACGUCAUUCAAAAGCUGCGGGGGCUCGACUUAUGGAACCCCUAUCGAUAAGCUGAAGAAGACCAAAUCUGCCCUGGAUGGUUUAGCCGUUGGAACACCGGAGUGUUUCUCGAAAGUGUCGCUGGAUAGUCCUGCAAUGGUCGGACGUCCUUCGUCUAAGUUAGAUGAAUCGGUGAAAUCGGUUAGGGAGAGGGACCCAAUGAGUUCGGAGAUAAGUAAUUUAAAAGUGGCGGUUCGGGUAAGGCCACUUUCUGCCAAGGAGUGUAUUGAUUCCGUGGCGAAUAUUGUGCGAGUAAGGGAAAACGAAGUGAUUGUGAAUGCUGGUAAUACAGCAGAUAACUCCGCAGGAGUGGAGCACUGUUUUCAGUACGAUUACGCAUUUUGGUCCUGCAAUGCAGAAGAUCGAUCGUAUGUUGACCAGAAUGGUGUUUACGACAGUCUUAUGAAGCCACUAAUAGACAAAGCUUUCGAGGGAUAUAAUGCAUGUCUAUUUGCCUACGGACAAACGGGAUCCGGAAAAAGCUACAGCAUGAUGGGAAUAGAUUCGGACGACUUAGAGAUUAGCUCGGAAGCCGGUAUUAUUCCACGUUUCUGCCAAGAAUUGUUCUGUCGAAUCAACGCAUUAAAGGGAAAGAUACAGGCCGAGAUAGAAGUCAGCUAUUUCGAAAUUUACAACGAAAAAAUACAUGAUUUACUGGCCGUUUCCCCAACCGAAGGAGUUUUUUCUGUAACAUCGUCGAAUGUCAAAAAGCCUCCGUUGAAAGUGCGCGAACAUCCCUUCUGGGGCCCAUACGUGGUAGAUUUGAGCACCCAUCCGGUUGAUUCUCAUUCGGCUUUGAGGAACUGGCUUGCCGUCGGAAAUAGUCAGCGGGCUACAGCCGCCACUGGGAUGAACGACAAAAGCUCUCGUUCGCAUUCGAUAUUUUCGGUUGUGCUUAAUCUUUCGGAAGUGGUUUCCCCGGAGCAGAAAAAUCUGAACGCGGUUCACCAGACGAAACGUAGUAAAAUCAGUUUGGUGGAUCUGGCCGGUUCGGAACGUGUGAGCCAAACAUGUGGAACCAGCAGUGAGCGGCUCAAGGAAGGUAUCAGCAUCAAUAAAAGCUUGUUGACGCUGGGAAAGGUUAUUUCGUCGCUGGCGGAAACAAAGCGAACUGGUGCAAGCUACAUCCCGUAUCGAGAUUCCGUGUUGACCUGGCUUCUAAGGGAAAACCUUGGCGGUAACUCGCGCACAGCGAUGCUAGCAACGAUAUCACCAGCAGUAACGCAUCUAGACGAGACACUCGCCACUCUGCGGUAUGCUUGCCAGGCUCGCUCCAUCGUCAAUCGCGUAAAGGUCAAUGAAGAUCCACACGAUCGAAUCAUCCGUGAAUUGCGUGCAGAGGUCGAACGCCUGCAAGUUCUCCGACAAGACUACGAACGCCAAAAGCGCAUGUCGGCCAACCAGCAACAGCAGCACCAGCCGCGAAAAAUCAUUAUCGAAACAUCGGUCGACGAUAGCGAGGUGGAAGCCCUGCGACAACAACUGACCGAAACGGAGCAAGAACUAGCAAAAGCUCAGAAAUCUUGGAGAGAAAGGCUAAUGGAAGCGGAGGAUGUGCGCCGAACUGAAAUGAAGCUGCUCAAGCGGAAAGGACUUGCACUGGAAUUAUCCGCUGAACAGAAGGAACCAUGUUUGGUGAAUCUGGCCGCUGAUCCUAUGUUGUCCGGAACGCUAUUGUACAUAAUACCAAGCGGCAUUGUGAAAGUAGGGCGGCCCUCGUCUUUUUCAACACCAGACAUCGUGCUGGAGGGACCACUUGUAUCUCAUCAUCAUUGCUCAAUUGAAAACCGAAACGGUAAACUUUACCUUUCGCCGGAAGACGCUGAUCAGUACGAGACGUUCGUCAAUGGAGAACUAGUUCGCGAGCGGCGCCAGCUGUGGCACAACGACCGGGUAGUUAUCGGUGGAUCGCACUAUUUCCGUGUUUCCAACCCACUUUGCCCGAACCGCUCCAAACAAAUCAUUGUCGACUUUCAAUCGGCUCAUCAGGAAAUUCUACGCGAGCAAGAAAACCGGCUACGUCGCGAAUUGGAUGCCGAAAAACAGGCGGCCAUUUCGCGGAUCGAAGCCGAACGAAUCGACCAUGAGCGUCAGUAUGAGGAACGACUGGCAUCACUCGAGCUAGAAAAGUUCAAAUACAAGUGUCGACAGGAGUUGCUAGAGACGGAAAAAGAAGCCAUGCUGAAGCAGAGUACUGAUGAGGAAGGUGAUACCACGUUGCAAUUUAUUCCUUUCCAGUCAAAUCUAGCGGAUGAGAUCCGAAAGAUUAUGGAACGACCUAGCGAGGAGAGCUUGCACCAGAUUCAACUGAUGGUUAAAGAAGCAACGCAGCGUUGCAAGGACCUAGGAUUAGAGUAUGAGUUCCAACAAUCCCAAGUAUUGGAUGAGCAAGGUAUUUUUAGGGCUGUUGUCAAUAUAUACGAUAAGAACAGUGGUAUGGUGGCAGAAUGGCUGCCAGCGCGAUUGGAAUAUUGGUUGGGAGUAGUAAGGGAUAGAGAGGACCUUAAUGGAAAUAAUGUGUUCGAGAACUUUGAUCUCGAGUGGAAGAUAAACGACGAAGAACUUAGUCAACCUUUAAAUGAUUCUCGUAGCUCUCGGCGAAUAUCGCUCAACCUCACCUCGGUGAAAGAUGUUAUAUUAAAGCGAAAUAGUCCGGCCAAAAAAUCACCUUCUUCGAAAAGAUCGGAGGGAUUGUUCAAAUCAAUGUUCAAAUUUGGUGCAUCCAAUCCAAGUAGUGUACGCAAGGAGUUAUUUGUUGAGGACAAUAAGAACGAUGAAAAUAUGCCACUGAACCAGCAAUCUCCUUCGCCGACAAAGCCACACCGGUUUGGGAUGAGGGCAAACAAACAGCUCAGAGAGAUUCAGGUAGCCACAGCGAAGCUCCGAAAGCUUUGUGAAAAAUAUCAACGGCAUAAUCCACCCGAUGAUAGCAUUUGCACUGUGUUGGAUUUGAAUAGCAGCACCCGAUCCAUGGAGCACGUGACCAGGGAUUUUCUGCAAUCGAUAGCGGAAAUCGAAAAUGCUGUGCAGGAUAUGAGGUUCGUACUGACCGAGCAAAAUGUAAAGCAUGCGGAGGAUGACGACCAGGAAAGGUCAUCAAAAUCAGUAAGAUUUUUGCUAGAUUAAGUCCUUUUGACAUUCUUUGAAAAGACGGGAAAUGAAACUAGAUUAACUGCUUCGUUUAACAUAUUUUGCAAGUUACAUGUAACUAAAAUUAUUUAUUAGUCAUGCUUCAUAUGUUUUGAAAAUAACUUUAUAUUUUUUUUACUUUUAACACUGUAAAAAGCGUAAUAAAAUAUAACAAUUGUGAUUAUAUCGGUUAA